CUUCCCAUCAAGUACGAACUACAAGUAUUUCUAGAGUACGCACAACUAUAACCUCUCACCUUCAAACCAAUCACACAAACCCUAAUCUCGAGUUUCGCUAAGAAGCCUAAAUUAGGGUUCCGUCAAUCCCAACCAACCAACUACUUUCACCGGAGGAACACCGAGCCAUCGGCCGUACAUCACCGGAAAAUGGACUUCGACGAGUACGAUUAUCUGGAGAAAACAGUGGAAGAGACAAACGGAACUUCGGCAAAAAGCAAAGACAAAGAGAAUAACAACAGCAGCGCCGAGAAGGAGAAGCGUCGAAAGGAGAGAGAUGUAAGCGAGGAUUACGCUGAGGAGGAGAAUAGAGAUCGCCGGAGCAGCAAAAAGUCUCGCGGCGACGGCGAAAGAGAGAAGGACAAGGAGAGAGACAGGGAUAAGGAAAGGGAAAGGGAAAGGGAUAGGGAUAGGUCGUCGAGGCAUCGGAGUAGGGACCGGGAAUCGGAGAGAGACAGAGAGAGGAGCUCGAAAGACAGGGACCGUGAACGUGACCGUGACCGGGACAGAGAGAAGAGGGAGAAAGAGAGGGAGAAGGAGAAGGAGCGAGAUAGAGAUAGGGGGGAUAGGAAGAGUAGAGACCGGGAUAGAGAAAGAGAUAAGGAGCGGGAGAAGGAGAAAGACAGAGACAGAGACAGGGAGAGGGAGAGGUCGAGGAGGAGCCGGAGUCGCUCGAGGAUUGAGCGAGAGAGGGAAAAGGAGGUGUUGAGAGAGAGCGAGCGUGACUACGAAUCACGGGAAAGCAGGAGAUUCAAGGAGAAGAAAGAAAAAGUAGAACCAGAAGCAGAUCCAGAAAGAGACCAGAGAACUGUUUUUGCCUACCAGAUGCCUCUGAAGGCAACUGAAAGGGAUGUGUAUGAGUUCUUCUCACAAGCAGGAAAGGUGAGGGAUGUGCGGUUAAUCAUGGACCGGAAUUCUAGGCGAUCUAAAGGAGUUGGGUACAUUGAGUUUUAUGAUGCUAUGUCUGUGCCAAUGGCAAUUGCUUUAUCUGGUCGCUUGCUUUUUGGCCAACCAGUCAUGGUAAAACCUUCUGAAGCUGAAAAGAACCUUGUUCAGUCAACCGCGUCUGGUGGUGGAGCAGGUUUGGCAGGGCCAAAUGCUGCCUCAGAGAGAAAACUUUAUGUAGGAAAUCUUCAUUUUAACAUGACAGAGUUACAGCUUAGACAGAUUUUUGAAGCUUUUGGGCCAGUAGAGCUUGUUCAAUUGCCUACAGAUCCUGAAACAGGACAUUGCAAAGGAUUUGGGUUUGUCCAAUUUGCUCAACUUGAACAUGCAAAGGCAGCUCAAAGUUUGAACGGGAAGCUUGAGAUUGCAGGUCGCACCAUCAAGGUUUCAUCUGUUACUGAACAUGUUGGAGUACAAGAUGCUGGGGCUAAAACUGCAGAUUUUGAUGAUGAUGAAGGAGGUGGCUUGGCAUUGAAUGCUCAGUCAAGGGCCAUGCUUAUGGCAAAAUUGGAUCGCAGUGGUGUUGCUUCAGGCGUUGCGAGUACACUUGGAGUUCCUGCACUUAAUGGAGCAGCUCAGCCAGCAAUGACCAUGCCAAUGGGUGGGGCUACAGCUUUUCCAAAUAUGCUCCCAACUCAACUUAUUGCUUCCAUGGCUCCUGAACCCAUUGGAAUUCCCAGCGAGUGCUUGUUAUUAAAAAACAUGUUUGAUCCUGCAACUGAGACGGAUCCAGAAUUUGAUUUGGAUAUCAGAGACGAUGUAAAGGAGGAAUGCUCCAAGUAUGGAAGGGUCAAGCAUAUUUACGUGGACAAGAAUACCUCUGGUUACGUGUAUUUGCGGUUUGACAGUGUCGAAGCUGCAUCUCGUGCUCAACAAGCUAUGCACAAGAGAUGGUUUGCUGGCAGAUCGAUUUCAGCCAUCUUCUUGCAACCUUAUGAAUAUGAUGCCAAGUUCAAAGGUACAGGCUAAAAGGUUAUUGCCUUAAGAUGGUUGAUUUCUUUAUUGUAAUUGCGGAACUGCAACUGAUUUUGUAUUCAAGCUUGGAACUUAUACCGAGUUCUGUAUAAUUGGACAGAUGAGGUUAUAGGUGUUAUUGUGAUGAAACUUCUGUAAUUUUGACAGAGUAUUCUCAUUUUAAUCAACCAUGUCACUUAGGUCC